UGCGUGGAAUCACGCAAAUCUAGACAUCAAUUGGUGUGGUAGAGAGAGAAUAUCCAAAUGAGAUGAUGUCAAAUUUGAAGAUGGUGAAUCUGUAACAGUGGGAGAACAAGCUCUGUUGUAGCUUGUAUGCAUGGCGAUAGAGAUAGAGAGAGAAAGAGAGAAAAAAAUGGAGAGAAAUAGGUCAAUUUGAGGCUGUUUCGAACCAUUCAGUACGUUUCAUGUUCACCAAAACUAUACAGAGAGAAACAAAGUGGGCCAUUGCUUGUCUCUCCCACUUUUUGCCAACACAAAACUGAAAAAUCAUCUAUAAAAAGUUGCCCCGACUCAUCAUCUUCCUUCAACACUCUGUUCUUCCAAAUGGGAAUCAUGGAAUUCCAUCAAACUUUUCAUAAUUCCGACCAAUUUUCUUCUUCUUGUUCGUCUUCUUCUUCUUCUUCUUCUUCUUCUUCUUCUUCUUCUUCUUCUUCUUCUUCUUCUUCUUCAUGUCUUACCACUUUCAAGGGCCAUUCUUCUUACAUCUCUUCUCUAACUCUCGCCGGAAAAUUCCUUUAUUCCGGUUCCUCCGACAAGGAAAUCCGAUCAUGGAGACGAAGCCCAUCACAAGAAUUUGAAUCAAAUCAAGAAGAGUUUCAAAACAAUAUGGUUACAGCCGGACAUGGCGCAGUGAAAUCUCUAGUGGUUUCAUCUGACAAACUCUACAGUGCCCAUCAGGAUCAAAAGAUUCGCGUUUGGAGAAUCUCAAACGAAUUCGAUCACCACCAAAAGUACACGCGCUUGGCCACGCUACCGACGCUCGGCGACCGGACGGCCAGGCUUUUGAUGCCCAAUAAUCAGGUACAGAUCCGGCGGCACAAGAAAUGCACAUGGGUUCAUCAUGUCGAUACGGUUUCAGCUCUUGCUCUAUCAAACGACGAGUCGCUUCUCUAUUCCGUCUCUUGGGAUCGGACUCUCAAAAUCUGGCGGACUUCCGAUUUCAAAUGCUUGGAAUCCGUCGCCGGAGCUCACGACGACGCCAUAAACGCAGUGGCGAUCGCCGGCGACGGCGACGUGUACACUGGAUCAACGGACAAGAGGAUCAAAGUGUGGAGGAAAAACCCAGAUGGGAAAAGGCAUUUUUUGGUCCAAACACUCGAGAAGCACAGCUCGGGGAUUAAUGCCUUGGCCCUCGCCGGAGAUGGGUCGGCUUUAUUUUCCGGCGCCUGCGACAGGGCGGUUCUGGUUUGGGAAAAGGAGGAAGAGACUGGGUUAAUGGAGUAUGUGGGUAUGUUGAGAGGCCAUUCGAAGGCCAUUUUGUGCUUAGCUGUGGUGUUAGAUUUGGUCUGCAGUGGCUCUGCAGACAAGACGAUCAGAAUUUGGAGAAGGGCGGUCGCCGGAAAUUAUGUCUGCUUGAGGGUUUUGGAAGGGCAUAACGGUCCGGUGAAGUGCUUGGCGGCGGGGGUUGAUCGGUGCAACCAGAACGACAGGUCGUUUGUGGUUUAUAGUGGUGGUUUGGACUGUGAUAUUAAGGCGUGGCAGAUUUCUGUUCCUCUUGUUUAGAUUCAAAUUUUUGUGGAAUUUUUGGGUUCUUUGAGGAAUUUGCGUAUAUGUUUUAUGAAAGAAUUUAGUGCAUUUUUA